GAUUUUGGUUUUGUGUAAGAUACUUCUCAGUACCACAACUUUCUGAGUGUGUAGGUUUGGAGUAUUGUUUCACUUUCUAAAUUUUAUUUUGAUCGAUUUAAUUACUUUCUUGACGUACUUAGCUUGGCGGAUUUUUUCCUAAACACUGUGUAAAAUGACUACACUCAGACCAUUUACUUGUAAUGAUCUGUUUAAGUACAACAAAGUGAAUAUGGAUCCUCUGACGGAGACUUAUGGGAUAUCGUUCUAUAUGCAAUAUCUUGCACAUUGGCCAGAAUACUUUCAAGUUGUGGAAGCUCCUAAUGGUGAAAUCAUGGGUUACAUCAUGGGCAAGUGUGAGGGCCAUGGGGAGAACUGGCACGGUCAUGUCACCGCUCUCACAGUGUCCAACAUGUACAGGCGACUGGGAGUGGCAGCCACUUUGAUGAACUCCCUCGAGAAGAUAUCUGAGAUCAAGAGAUGUUACUUUGUGGACCUGUUUGUGAGGGUGAGCAACUUAGUGGCCAUCACUAUGUACCAAGUCCUGGGCUAUAUAGUGUACAGAACUGUAUUGGAGUACUAUUCCGGAGAUCCUGAUGAAGAUGCUUAUGAUAUGAGGAAAGCUCUUAGUCGAGACAAGAAGAAGAAGUCAAUAAUUCCAUUGGAUCAUCCUGUGCGCCCAGAGGAGGUUGACUGAUAUAUAUGAGACUGUGGUUCUAGAGACCACAUAAACUGCAGUAUUCACAAAGAUUUCUGUCCACAACCCUGCCUUUUACAUUAUACAUAAAAUUCAUAGUUUAUAGUUUUUCUUCAAAUCAUUAAACCUAUGUAAAUAUUAAAUUAAAAUCCUAGAAAUAUGUAUCAAUAUCAAUUAAUUGUUGGAGUAAGGCUCAAUAAACUUGCAUUUGGAAGUAAGAAA